UAGAGGGGAAUGCUAUGCUCUGGGAGUGUUGAUGUUUUCCAGUCAUUCCUGCUGACAGCGUUCAAGUUGGAAGCCUGGAGGGGAGGUGUUUUUCCUGUCGUACGUGGGACAGGCCACGCUGUCCGUCCGCAGUACCGACGACAGCGAGUCAGAGCUUCGGGGAGAAAAGUGAAGAGCAAGACGGGACCGACGGGGAGAAAAGCUGAGAACCAGGGUGUCGACUUUGACUGAAAUUUGAGACGGAGGGCACCGGAGGGCGAGCACUCGCCUGUGAUUGGCCCGUGGGCGUCGUCGAGGUCCCACGCAGCUGCUCAAUUGGUUGGUGUUCGCAAUUGUUGUGGCUGCGGCGGCGAUUUUGCCCACGUACUUCCGAGCAAGGGGCGGGGCUGUGCCCUGGCGCGCGUGCGCAGCGCCCCGGGGCCCCACCCGGUAGUGCAAGAACCUGCGAGGGGGCGGAGCGAAGAGGUGCUUGUUUUGGUUCUGUUUCCUUUGAAGCAGAAGGCCGGAACAAGCGUAGCAAUAAAUUUGCUGGACUUGGAGAGAAGGUUACGACAAACUCGCCGCACUGCCUUCAUCUUGGACUUUACAUCCGGGUUCUCCUCCCGGCGUGACCCGCGCGCCGCCGCCGCCGAGGGUUCUCGAACCGGUGCCGCGAUCCCUUUAUCCGGGUUUCGCCGUUCCCGUCGUGCCUAGCGCACUACACUAGCCCCCUCAUCCGGGUUCUCUCCCGGCGUGCCUCGCGCCGGGUUUGUUGGGGGGUACUCGGCGGUGCAGCCAUGACUAUACUCCCCAAAAAGAAGCCGCCGCCUCCCGACGCCGACCCCGCCAACGAGCCGCCGCCGCCCGGGCCGCUGCCCCCGGCGCCGCGGCGCGGCGGGGGUGUGGGCGUGGGCGGCGGCGGCACGGGCGUGGGCGGCGGCGAUCGCGACCGUGACUCCGGCGUCGUGGGGGCCCGUCCGCGAGCUUCGCCACCGCCUCAAGGCCCGCUACCAGGACCGCCGGGCGCACUUCAUCGCUGGGCGCUGGCCGUGCCCCCUGGUGCAGUGGCGGGUCCCCGGCCACAACAGGCUUCUCCACCUCCUUGCGGGGGCCCAGGUGGUCCCGGCGGCGGUCCCGGCGACGCGCUGGGCGCAGCGGCGGCGGGUGUGGGUGCCGCGGGCGUGGUGGUGGGUGUGGGUGGUGCCGUAGGCGUGGGCGGCUGCUGCUCCGGGCCUGGGCACAGCAAGCGGCGACGUCAAGCUCCCGGGGUUGGCGCGGUUGGCGGGGGCAGUCCCGAGCGUGAGGAGGUCGGCGCAGGCUACAACAGUGAGGACGAGUAUGAGGCGGCUGCAGCACGCAUCGAGGCUAUGGACCCUGCCACUGUCGAGCAGGGCCUGAGACCCACUGUGCCAAGGACACUUGAGCUUUCCUUCAGGGACGGGAGACUCAUACAUACCCUGGUGACUUGUGUGUCUAGAGGGACAGGAAAGGGGUUUGGGACAUCGCCACUCUGGGGAAAUUCUCCUCCCACAUUCCUUUUCCCCUUGGCUCAGCAGGAGCAUUGGUUUGAAAAGGCCCUACGAGACAAGAAGGGCUUCAUCAUCAAGCAGAUGAAGGAGGAUGGCGCCUGUCUCUUCCGGGCUGUAGCUGACCAGGUGUAUGGAGACCAGGACAUGCAUGAGGUUGUGCGAAAGCAUUGCAUGGACUAUCUGAUGAAGAAUGCCGACUACUUCUCCAACUAUGUCACAGAGGACUUUACCACCUACAUUAACCGGAAGCGAAAAAACAAUUGCCAUGGCAACCACAUUGAGAUGCAGGCCAUGGCAGAGAUGUACAACCGUCCUGUGGAGGUGUACCAGUACAGCACAGGUACUUCUGCAGUGGAACCCAUCAACACAUUCCAUGGGAUACAUCAAAACGAGGACGAACCCAUUCGUGUCAGCUACCAUCGGAAUAUCCACUAUAAUUCAGUGGUGAAUCCUAACAAGGCCACCAUUGGUGUGGGGCUGGGCCUGCCAUCAUUCAAACCAGGGUUUGCAGAGCAGUCUCUGAUGAAGAAUGCCAUAAAAACAUCGGAGGAGUCGUGGAUCGAACAGCAGAUGCUAGAAGACAAGAAACGGGCCACGGACUGGGAGGCCACAAAUGAGGCCAUCGAGGAGCAGGUGGCUCGGGAAUCCUACCUGCAGUGGUUGCGGGAUCAGGAGAAACAGGCCCGCCAGGUCCGCGGCCCCAGCCAGCCCCGGAAAGCCAGUGCCACAUGCAGUUCGGCCACAGCAGCAGCCUCCAGUGGCCUGGAGGAGUGGACUAGCCGGUCCCCACGGCAGCGGAGUUCAGCCUCAUCACCUGAGCAUCCUGAGCUGCAUGCUGAAUUGGGCAUCAAGCCCCCUUCCCCAGGCACUGUUUUAGCUCUUGCCAAACCUCCUUCGCCCUGUGCGCCAGGUACAAGCAGUCAGUUCUCGGCAGGGGCUGACCGGGCAACUUCCCCCCUUGUGUCCCUCUACCCUGCUUUGGAGUGCCGGGCCCUCAUUCAGCAGAUGUCCCCCUCUGCCUUUGCAGGUCUGAAUGACUGGGAUGAUGAUGAGAUCCUAGCGUCGGUGCUGGCAGUGUCCCAACAGGAAUACCUAGACAGUAUGAAGAAAAAUAAAGUGCACAGAGACCCGCCCCCAGACAAGAGUUGAUGGAGACCCAGGGAUUGGACACCAUCUCCCAACCCCAGUACUCCUGUUCUCCGGUGCCACCUCACCUUCUUUGGCUUCUUCCCUCUUGCCUCCUUCUGUUCUUUCUGCUCUCCCCUCUUUUCCCUCCUUCUCACUUCCCCCUGGCUAGCCCACCCCUGUGCUCCCUCUCAUUGCUGCUGCCACUAUCACCUGUCUCUCUGCCAGCUGACGUGCCCUGUUGCCCCCCCCACCCUGCACAGAACCAUCCCUGCAUUCCACAGGGGACUCGGGCAAGGGUGCCGAAGAUAGACGAGAGGCACACAGAGACAGACCAACUGGCAGCCAGGCAGCCCCAGAGGAGAGAGACAUUCAGACAGAGGAAAGUCUCCCUGCCCCUCAUUCCUUCCAAGAUGAGAAAAACUUGCCCCCCCCCACCCACACUCAUGCCAGGGAGGUGGGAGGAGGAAGUGGGAAAUUUCCCUUCCCAGUACCCCAAGAACGUCUGAGCCUUCAAUGUUGAAUUUUUUCUUUAUUAAAAUGUACUUUUAUCUUAUAAAAUCAACUAAUCAAAAAUGAUAUAGACGACAGCAGUGGCUCUGUGAAGGUGGCAUCUCUCUGGGCAGGCAGGCCAUGGGGCAUGGAAGAGGGCACAAAGAUGUGGGUUGCUGUCUUCUGGCAUCUAGCUGCGUGGAGGCCGGCCCAGGGUCUAGGGUGUGCACUGGGCAAGGGCAGGGCGGCAGGUGUCAGGCCGGCUUGGACAAUGAAACCCUGACCUUGCUGCAUUCCUUUUGCUUCCACCACCACUAGCCUCUUUGGAAUCUUGGGGUGGGGGGCAUCUUUGGGGAUUAUGGCUGCCACCCGGGAUUUGAGUUAUAAGGAGUGUGGGAGCAGCUUUGGUAGAUGGGGCACCCGUGCCCUGCAGGUGUUGACAAGAUCCACCAUCUGUAAUGUCCUUGGCACAAUAAAACCAAAUGUCAGUUUCCCUGA